AUGAUUGCUGCCGCUGCCCUGCUCAGACCGAAGAUCCAGCCGAAGACAGUACAGCCGUCCCUAGGUGCCCGGUUGGGCCGCCCACAACUCGGGAAGCGUCUGACCAUGAUAACCUACUACGGUCGGCAAUUACAGAUGAACCAUUCCUGUCCGCUGUGGAACCCCCUGCCCACUCGCAUCCGGCCCGUCCGCAGCUUUAUAUACAGCCAUGCCAGACUGACUCAUUGGACUGCAAAGCAUGUCGGGAAUCAAAUGUUCACUGCGAUCACGCGCGACCGCAGUGCUCACACUGCUACCAACAGCAAACCCUUUGCUUCUACGUGA